UAAGAAGACAAUUAAAUCGCCGAAGUCUAAACAUAAAAUCGCCGUAGUCCAAAUAGUUGAGCGGCCUCAAAUCGCUUGGCGGCUAACGUCACCACCUCCAUUUCUCUCUCUCCACCGUACUUCGCCAUAGCUUACCUCUCUCUCUCUCUCUUCCAUCUUAUUCUCUCUCUCUACUGUGGGUUUAAGCUCAGUGAGUCUUUGUCUAUGGUGGUUGUUGGUCUCGUUUAAAGAUGAACUCUAAUCCAUCCAAUAAUCCCCAAACAACGACUCCCUCAGAUGGCUCAGCCAAGAAGGUCAGAAAGCCCUAUACCAUAACCAAGUCCAGAGAAAGCUGGACCGAAGAAGAACACGACAAGUUCCUCGAGGCUCUUCAACUGUUUGAUCGUGACUGGAAAAAAAUCGAAGAUUUUGUGGGUUCCAAGACAGUCAUUCAGAUUAGGAGUCAUGCCCAGAAAUAUUUUCAGAAAGUGCAAAAGAAUGGGACACUCGCUCAUGUUCCUCCACCACGCCCGAAGCGCAAAGCUGCACACCCUUACCCUCAAAAGGCAUCCAAAAAUGUUUUGGUUCCCCUUCAAGCUUCCUUAGGUUAUCCUUCAAUGAAUGCUAUGGUACCUACUUAUUCACCAUGGGAUGAAGCUUCUUUGUUGAUAAGCCCCGCAUCAAGUAAAAUAACAUCCCAGGAAGAAUUUGGUAAUCUUCAGGCAACUGAAGCUGAUAUUGCAUCAAAGGGGGUUGCAAGGAAUAGUAACAACAAUAUUUGUGGCAUUGCAAGCUCAAGUAGAUCAUUACCAGGUUCUGAGAUACCAAAGCAUGGGAAACAAGGUUCUGUGCUCCAUGGUCCAGAUUUUGCUGAAGUUUAUAGCUUUAUCGGGAGUGUUUUUGAUCCGGACACUAACGGCCAUGUGCAGAAACUCAAGGAGAUGGAUCCCAUUAAUUUCGAGACUGUUUUAAUGUUAAUGAGAAACCUCACCUUCAACUUGUGUAAUCCAGAUUUUGAGCCUAUUAGAAAGGUCAUGUCUUCGUACGACGUCAAUGCAAAAUCGAUGGGGAUUGCUAAGCAGAACUAUGAUCUGCCAGUUUGAACUACCUAGGUGUUUACAACUUGCUGACUAGUAGGAUCAUGGCUCAAAAAUGUAAAUGGUUCAAGCACAGCAGGCCAUAUAUGAAACCUUUAGUUUAGAGAUGAAUGCAACCACAACCAGGGGAAAGCAUUAAAAAUGAUGCUAAAUGGAAGUGACAACACCCAAGAUUAGUUUUGGUGAGUUUUGUAAUCAUCUUAGUGUCUGGUGGCCAAAACAAAAAGGGAUAAUGGAAUCUUAAUGUUAUUCUGUUAAUUAGGCUUUCUUUAACCAGAAAAGUAUGUAUAUCGUGUAAUAUUAAUUUUGCCUAGAAAAAAAGCCCUUAUUUUUGUCAAUUUUGCAGGGCUUGUACCCCCUAAAGCCAUGUAAUUACAAGCAUUUAAAUAAUAAUCUUUUAUCCUUAUAAAA